UUUGUCUUCGGAGAAGAGACUUGAGUCGCCGCCGGUGAAUACUCUUCGAUACAAUCCGCCGUACGAUUCCUUUUACUCGGCUUCCUUUGUGCAGUGAGAAUGGGGAGCAAGGAUUUGAACACCUGGGUUUCGGAUAAGUUGAUGGUUCUGCUAGGCUAUUCACAAACUGAUGUUGUCAAGUAUCUAAUUGCCAAGGCUAAAAAAUCAGAAUCACCAGAUGAACUCGUGGGUGAGUUGUUGGAUUGCGGGCUUUCUUUGUCUGGUGAUACCCGUGCUUUUGCAGAAGAAAUUUAUGCCAGAGUUCCCCGUAAAACCACUGGUGUGAAUCUCUACCAGCAACAAGAAGCAGAGGCAGCGCUGCUGUUGAAGAAGCAAAAAAAAAAAUUCCCUUUUAGAGGCUGAUCACGAUGAAGAUGAAGGCAGUGCAGAGAAUCAAUCUGCUUUGGAAUCAGGAAAGUCAGAUAAAGGAAAAAAGAGGUUCAGAAAGAAAAUUGAGGAUUCGGAAGACUACGACGAUGAUG